AUGGGAAACUUUUCCUUCUUCCCACUGCGUCUUGCCGAGCCACACGUCGUCGCUUUGUGUCCAGCCCUCAACUCGGACCUUUCUGGCGACAUGGCCCCUGCCCCGAUGCGUCUGUCCGGGCUGCAGAAGGAGGUCCUGAGCCUCUACCGUCGGUGUCUUCGCGAGAGCCGGCUGAAGCCCACUGAAGCACGAUCGCAUUUCGAGGCCUUUGCGAGGACCGAGUUCAAAAAGCACCGGGAUGUCGAGAAGCGGGACUUUGCCGCCAUCGAGUUCCUCUUGCGCAAGGGCCGGCGCCAGCUAGAAGUGAUGGCCUCGCCCGGCAUCAAAGACGUGCGGUAG